AUGGGAUCUAUUGGUGACUACUAUGAGCUCAAAGCGACUAACGGGGUUGGGAACCGGCUCAAGCCCUACGAAAUCGUGGAACAACCAAGUCGGCACCGUCGCAAAAUCCGCAUCAUCGUGAUCGGAGCGGGAGCGAGUGCAUUGAAUUUUGCACAUGACAUUGACACAAGCUCAUUAGAUACCGAGCUGGUUCUCUACGAGAAGAAUCCUGAGAUUGGUGGUACUUGGUAUGAAAACCGCUACCCUGGGUGUGGAUGCGAUAUACCCUCGGUCAACUAUCAAUUCUCAUGGGCUCCCUCUCCUGACUGGACCUCCUUUUACUCCGGUGCACCUGAAAUCUUGAAAUAUUUCAAAAGUGUUGCUGACAAGUACGGGCUUCGGAAAUAUAUUCGCUUGGAGCAUCGAGUGGUAGGUGCAUCCUGGGAUGAUCAAAUCCAACAGUGGCGUGUGAAAAUCCAGAGAGGAGACAACCCGGAAGAUGUUUUCGAGGAUCAAGGUCAUAUAUUGAUCAACGCAAGCGGCGUGCUCAACAAAUGGAAAUGGCCCGCAAUCAAGGGGUUGGAAUCCUUCCAGGGCCACAAACUUCACAGUGCAAACUGGGACGACAACGUUGAAUUGCAAGGGAAGCGUGUGGCUGUUAUUGGCUCGGGUUCCUCUGCUGUGCAAAUUGUUCCAAGCAUUCAGCCAAAGGUUUCCCAGCUCAAAUGCUUCAUUCGCAGUGCCUCAUGGGUAACUGCUGGAUUUGGUCAACGAUUCGCAGGGAAAGGGGGAUCCAAUUUCAAAUACAAUGAGAAGCAAAGGCAAAUACUGCAAAACGACCCUCAGAAAUAUCUGGCAUACCGCAAGAAGAUCGAGUCUGAGCUCAACUCUCGCUUCCGAUUUAUCCUCAACGGAUCCGAAGAACAAGCCAAUGCACGAGCUUAUGCGGAGAAGGAUAUGCGCACAAAGCUUGCUGAUCGUCCAGAAAUUGCCGACUCAAUUGUUCCGAAGGACUUUGCAGUGGGCUGUCGUAGACCUACACCAGGAAACGGAUACCUGGAGGCACUUUGCAGCGAGAAUACUGAGGUUGUCAGUCAAUCGAUUGAGGAAAUCACCCCCAAGGGUAUCAAGACUGCAGAUGGCGUCGAGCACGAAGUCGAUGUCAUCGUGUGUGCUACCGGCUUCGAUGUCAGUUGGCGGCCAUCGUACCCGACAAUCGGCCGGGAGUCUCGCAGCCUGAGUGAGGAAUGGAAGAAUAUUCCGCGCACUUACCUUUCGAUCACAGCCCAGCACUUCCCCAAUUACCUCAUUUUCAAUGGUCCCUUCGGGCCCUAUGGCCACGGAAGCUUCCUUCCGAUCACGGAGACCAUAUCGAGACACUUCCUCCAAAUGCUUGAGAAAAUGUCAUCCGAAGGUGUGACAUCCUUUGAGCCCAAGGCCGAGGCAGUGGCGGAUUUCUUUGAACACCACCGGAACUUCAUGCCUCGAACUGCUUGGACAUCACCCUGUCGCUCAUGGUUUAAGCAAGGAACGGUAGAUGGUGAGGUUAUGAUGUGGCCAGGCUCGAGGAUUCAUUUCUUUGAGACUAUGAAGCAACCUCGAUGGGAAGAUUACAAUCUCAACUAUACGACCUGCAACCGGUUUGGUUAUCUCGGUAACGGCUUUGCCGCACGCGAGUUUGAUGGAAGCGACCUGUCAUGGUAUCUCGGUACCAUUGAUGGAAAUGAGGAGGCGCAUCUUCCAGACGAGGACUUUGAGGCUUUUAUGACCUACUAA